GCAUCAUUCCAAACCAACAGAUGGCGCCUGUGCCUGUGAGGCCGCCCUGUGUGUCACUUUCUCCCCGCAGAAGAAGUAGUUUGUCAGUCGCCCAGUCUCCCUGCUAGACCUCUCAGCAAGGUGUCUGCCCGGCCACCGCCGACGCACGCUACAAGUCUGCCCCGACGGCACCCGCCCUGUCCCGGGUCCCUUGACGAAAACUUCUCCCCCGGUGAUACCAGCCCGCUGUUUUCGGCCAUGGCGACGAGCGCGAAGAGAAAGCAGGAGGAGACUCAUCUGAAGAUGCUCCGGGAAAUGACUAGCCUGCCCGCGAAUAGAAAAUGCUUCGACUGCGACCAGCGCGGCCCGACCUAUGUCAACAUGACAGUGGGCUCCUUCGUCUGUACCACCUGCUCUGGCAUCUUGCGAGGACUGAAUCCCCCACACAGAGUGAAGUCCAUCUCUAUGACCACAUUCACACAUCAGGAAAUCGAGUUCCUACAGAAGCACAGCAAUGAGGUCUGUAAACACAUCUGGUUGGGCCUCUAUGACGACAGGACAUCAGUUGUUCCAGACUUCCGAGAACCACAGAAAGUAAAAGAGUUUCUUCAGGAAAAAUACGAAAAGAAAAGAUGGUAUGUUCCUCCAGACCAGGCGAGGGCAGUGUCAAGUGUCCAGGCCUCUGUGUCUGGGUCCUCAGCCAGCAGCACUGGUAGUACCCCAGAAGUCCAACCCCUCAAGACCCUGCAGCUUAACAAGACCCCGCUGCGCCAGUCUCCAGGGUUAGCUCGUUCCCAGGCUCACAGCACUGCUCAGGAGAAGAAGUUCGACUUGCUCUCUGACCUGGGAGGAGACAUUUUUGCUGCUCCACCGACUCAAACGUCCAGUUCUGCCAACUUUGCCAACUUUGCACAUUUUCCAAGCCAGUCGGCACCUCAGGGUAAUUCAAAUACCAACUUUGCCAACUUUGAGGCAUUUGGAAACACUGCGAUUCCAUCCCAUCUGAGCACCUCACCCCCCUCAAAGUCCUUUUCAUCAGGGGGAGGUGUGCCAAUCCCGUCAGUGUCUAGUGCCGUGCCCGCCCAGUCCCAGAUAGGAAGCUGCUCAGAGGAUCGUUACGCUGCUCUGGCUGAGUUGGACAACGAGCUCAGCACCUCUGUCUCUUCAGGCAGCAGUGUGACGGGGAACUUAUUUGGACCAGUCCUCGGUUCAUCGCCAGCCCAGAAUCCACCUGUGAUACCCAGCAUGCAGCCUGGCUUUGGAGCCGGCCCAUCUACAAAUCCCUUCGUUGCUGCAGCGGUUGCCCCGGAGAUGGCAACCAACCCUUUCCAGACAAAUGGCAGAGCUCCAGCUGCAGCCUCAUUUGGCACUGGCUCUAUGAGCAUGCCCGCCGGCUUUGGGAAUGCGUCUUCCUACUGCCUCCCGACCAGUUUCAGCGGAAACUUCCAGCAGCAAUUCCCUGGCCAGGCCCCCGUCCCUUACUCUCAACCUGGGGCCUACCACCCUCAGUCUAAUGGCCCUGCAUUCCCAGUCUACGGACAGACCAAGCCCUCCAUGACGCCCUUUGGGCAGCCCAUGGCUGGCCCUGGCAUGUCCAAUAAUCCUUUCAUGGCAGGAGCUCCAGCCGGGUCAUUCCCUUCAGGAGGUUCCACCAAUCCUUUCCUGUAGCACAUCUCCGGUCCUUGCCACCAGAGGGCAGCAUGCAGCACAUACUCAACGCACCUGUUCCGUCAUGCAAUUAGAAGCAGUUGAUUUUUUAAAAAAAGACUUAAGUUGUUUUUUUUUGUAAAACAAGUUUACAACACUAUGAAGGAGUACAAAGGACUACGUUGAAGACUAAGGGACUGUUAUGGGGGGAAAUGUACUGUUUGGACAAUAUAAAAUACGUUAUAUGCUUUUUAUUUUUUGUUUAUGACUGUAAGCUCCGUGCAUAUCAUAAUUUGUAAUCACAAUUAAGUACAUGUUAUGUAUAACAAGGACUGAGUUAACAAGGAUGAGUAUAUACACCUUGUGGAAGAAAAAAAAACCCACUACAAACUAUCUACAUAAGGGAAUAGAAUUUAAUAUUGUUAACAGGGUUCCAUCCAAAUCCAUGAUCGGUGGUUUGAAACAACCAUUAAGAUGCAGGUAUUUCAUUGCAAAAGGGAUUUUUUUUUUAAAUAUAUAUUUUAGCAUAAUUGUUACUAUACUAGCACUAAGGUGCAAAAUGUCCUUUAUUAACUUACAGUUCCAGAUCCAAGUUGCCUAUAACCCAAUGCAACCAAACCCACAUCUUUUUAAUUUAGAGUGACAUAGGUGGAUGCAAGACAGCAUUGAUGCAGACUAUUUGUCAUCCUUUUAAAUAUUGCCAAUAUCUGUGAAAUUGUGAACAAAUCCUAGGGGCUAGAGUUUGGUUUGAAACAUAGGGCAGCUCCUUGAAUAUGAGGCCAACAGAGACUUUAAAGAUGUGAAAGCCCAGCAAGCAAAGGGAUGGGCAUGUCUGCUACAGCACAAAUGGAGGAAAGACAAUAAGUGCAGGCAUUAAGGUGAUUAUUUCUUUGUCUUUUUACAGCACCCUACCUAAUCUAUAAAACGUUGUUACAGUUGUUAAAUAUACUCUCAUAACCUCUCCUGCAGGCUGAAGAUGUCAGGGGAGCACAUUUCAAGAUAUUCACAAUAUUUUCUGAAUAUGGUAAAUACAGAAAGAAAGAAAGACUGUUGUGAAAGCUUCAGGGUUGUGAAUGUGACCCAAAUUGGGUAGCCUCAAAACAAGUCAAGUAGUUAUUCACAUGGUUGCCCAUGACUUGUCCUCUUGACAGGGAAUGACAGGUUUUCCAGACCCUGCCAAGGCCAAAACAUUUGGAAGCAAAAUAUUUAUGAAAUGUUAGUUAUGUUGUAUUUGCCACACUCCCUUGACAGCUGUCUUCUUCUUUGCCUUCUGAUUAAAAAAGCUUUUGGAAUAAAAGAUAGGAUGAGGAGAAACACUGACCUCUGUUCAGUUUGCUUUAAAAGAAGGCAAGGAAAAAGAAUAAAUUAAUUAGGGAUUACUACAUUUUUACAGCCUGGGACUCCAGAGAGCUAGGGUCUCUAUUGUGCCACCCGUGACUAACAAUUAAUUUGACAGUGUGUUUCUUGUCUAUACAAGAAUAGGUAAGUGAAUGUGUACAUAUAUAAAUAUAUGUAUAAAUAAAUUAAAAGAUUUUUAACUACAA